AUGCCAUUGUCAAAAUGCCAUGAUUCUUUCCAGCUCCUCCAUAUCGUCCCCGAUCCUGAUGGUACUCUCACUCGUCUGCUCCAAGACCCACACACUCCUCCCACAUCCGAUCCAAACCUCCCAAUCUCUAGUGUUGACAGCGUUCGGUUUCGCUUAGGCCGACUUUGGCGUUCGCUUGGCUAUCGGGUUCAAGAGUUUCUCAAACUAGAGCUCCAUCAUCGUUUCCCUCAUCGGCGCCGUCACUGUCACCGGGUUCUGUAUCUCCAUCUGGGCCUUCUCCGUCAGAUUGUCGCCAAGAUCCUAGUCAUAUGCACAAGCAAAUCAACCAAAGCUGAAAAGGAUUUAAAAAACGUCGGGCUAAUUAGCAACAUGUACUAUCUAAUAGCAUGGUCAGGGAAAGUUCAUCCAAUUCUACCAAUGAAGGACGUUUACUUUGUUCUUCUAUUGGCUAGAACAAGACAAUUUUUCAUUUUCUUUCUUUCAACACAGAUAUCACAACAGGAUAGAUGUUGCUAGCAGAGUUGGGUAGAAAUCUACAUUGAAGCAAAGCAAAAGGACCAUGCCACAAAAAAUAUGUACAAUUAUUCUAGAAUUGCUUUACAAAAGGAUCCAAAAGUUGUAUUAUGGUUGUGAUGGUUGUAGAAUCAGUGUGCUACAAAGAGAAAAAUAAAAAAACAAAAGCAAAACUACUCACAAGCUAUCUUAUAGAGU